AUGUUGGUUACGGCCGCGGCCCUGGCUUUAGCCGGUGGUCCGGACCCUGUUUUCGGGACGAUUACCUCCAGCCUCCAGCACAUCUUGCAGAACACUCACGGCGGCAACGAGUACCAAUAUCCCACAGAUAUUACCCGAGAUCUUCUCCCAAUUCCUGUUCAUUCCCACAAUGACUAUUGGAGACAAGAGCCAUUCUGGACGGGCUUGUCAAAGGGGUGUACAUCGACUGAGGCAGAUAUCUGGCUGUACAAUGACACACUUUAUGUCGGUCAUGAUCAAUCUGCCCUGACUAAGGACCGAACACUCGAAAGCCUCUAUAUAAAUCCAAUCCUCGAUGUCUUAGAUCGCCAAAACCCGAAGAGCCCAUUUGUGACUGAGCCCACUAAGAAUGGGGUUUGGGAUACCACUCCAGACCAAACACUCUACUUCUUCAUUGACGUAAAAACUUCCGGCCCUGAGACCUUCAAGGCUGCCCUUCAAGCUUUAGAGCCACUCAGGGAAAGGGGUUAUCUUUCCAAAGUCGAGGGCGGGAAAAUCAAUUAUGGACCAGUGACCAUCAUUGGAACGGGUGAAACUCCACUGGAGAUGGUGACUUCUGUCUCCGACCGCGACUACUUCUUCGAUGCUCCUCUUGGAAACCUCAAUGACCCUAAAUACGCCAGUGUUGAUGGUACAGUUUCGCCUAUCGCAUCCACGGACUUUGCAGCCGCGGUUGGCAAGGUGACUGCUGAUACGGACCCGGUUCUUACGGAUGAGCAACUUAAGGCUCUUCGUGAGCAGAUUUCGACGGCGAGUGAGCGUGGUAUUGGAGCAAGGUACUGGAAUACCCCAGCCUUCCCUAUCCGAACGCGAAACCUGGUCUGGAGGACGCUUCUACGCGAGGGAGUGACUCUUCUCAAUGCCGAUGAUCUCGAUGCAGUAGCCUCUUACUUUUGA